AUGGAGAAGAAACUUGGGAUGUAUAAUGAAGUUAAGGAAGCAGAAGAAGUUAAGGAGGAUGGAGAAGAAGUUAGGGAAGCAGAAAAGGUUAAGAGUGAAGAACAAGUUAGGGAAGGAGAAGAAGUUAAGGAUGGAGAAAUAGUUUGGGAUGGGGAAGAAGUGAAGGAAGGAGAAGAAGUUAAGGAAGAAGAAGAAGAAGUUUUGGAUGGAGAUGAAGUUAAGGGUAAAGAAGAAAGUAUGGAUGGGGAAGAAGUUUGGGAUGGAGAAGAAGUUAAGGAGGGAGUAAUGAUCAUGGAUGGAGAAGAAGAAGUUAUGGACGGAGAAGAUGUUAAGGAAGGAGAAGAAACUAAGGAAGGAGAAGAAGUUAGGGAAAGGGAAGAAAAUAGGGAUGGAGAAGAAGAAGGAGAAGAAGUUAAGGAAGAAGAAGUUUUGGAUGGAGAAGAAGUUAUGGAUAAAGAAGAAAGUAUGGGUGGGGAAGAAGUUUGGGAUGGAGAAGAAGUUAAGGAGGGAGAAAUGAUCAUGGAUGGAGAAGAAGUUAAGGAAGGAGAAGAGAUUAGGGAUGAUGAGGAAGAAAGUAAGGAUGGAGAAGAAGAAGUUAUGGACAGAGAAGAUGUUAAGGAAGGAGAAGAAACUAAGGAAGGAGAAGAAGUUAGGGAUGGAGAAGAAGUUUGGGAAGGAGGAGAAGUUUGGAAUGGAGGAGAAGAAUCGAAGUAUGGAGAAGAAAUUAAGGAAGAAGAAGUUUAG